GAACGGGACCAGAAAACAGGGGAACCGGAAGUUUACAGAUAUCUGCUAGCCCGCCCCUUCUAUAGGUAGCAUGUAAGCUAAUGUUUGUUGUUGUGUUUUUUCUUUUUCUUCAAAAACGUCGAAAUAUCAAAACCAAAUGGACUCAAAGGGACGCUCGCUUUAUGGACAGGCAGGCACCUCGGUAGACAUGACACGGAGUUUAGAGGAAGACUCCAUGGUGGAUGGACCUCUGAUCUCUGCUGAUGCCCUCCACUCUGCCAUCAGGAGAGAGUUUCAGACUCUGCCGACACACUGCCAUGCCGGCCUGCUGUCUCUGUUGCAUGUUGUGUACGUGGUGUUGUCAGUGUGUGUGGCAGUUCUGUGUGUGUUGAAACUUGGCCAGGUGGAGGUGUGCAUGAGUGUUCUGGGUAACGUGUCGGGUGACAGCGUCAUUGUGUUCGGGAAGGUGUGUUUGUGGGUGCUGGUGCUGGUGUUCACUCACUGUGUGCAGCACCAUCACAGUCAAGCUAGAAGGAGAGGAUACCUGCGAUUCUACAGAGAGACACAGGGACUGGAUCACCUGCCGCUCACCGUUCACUCUGCAGGGAAUGCUUUGCUCUUGGUUGUUCUGGCUGCUAAAUUAUCACCAACUGUGCACACCUACCUGCUGCUCAGCAUCCUGGGAUUGGAGCUGUUGGUUGCAGUGCCAUGUCUGCUCUAUUACACAGUCAAGGUGAUGCGGUUCAACAGGGAGCGAGCUGCACCAGACGUGAGCCAAGAAGAGCAUUUGCACACCUACAGUAUCACGAGUCUGCCGACUGAGACCGGUUUCAGAGAGGGCUCCAGUCUUGAGGAGGUGGUGGAGAAGCAGGCUGACCUGAUCGAAUACCUGAAACAGCACAACACCUUACUGAGCAAGAGGCUGCUCAAUCUCACCGCUCAGCACUGACCACAACCAGGCCUCCUCGUCCUCCUCCUGCCAGUCCAACACCCUCCCCGGAGAGGACAGCGCUGUGGAGAACAAGCCUGAUCAUUUUUAACACUCCGAGAGAGGUUUAAAAGAAAAGGACUAAAGCCACUGGAUGAAAGACUAAAGUAAGCAUGUGCACCUGUACGCACAGACGGGAGAUGGACAGAUAACGCAGGAGGAGGUGAGCUGAAAGUGGAGGACAGUUAAAGAGGAGAGGUGGGAGGAGGAGCGGAGUCAUGGGUCACAGAUCAGAGGUAGGGGUUUUUAUCGCUCUUUUACGACCCCCAGUGACCUGUGUUUGCUGUCACUUGUAUUACUGUGAGAGAGAGAGAGAGAGAGAGGAGGUGAAAUUGUUUUAAAGAUCAUCUGCACUAAGGAGGGACAGAAUUAGCAGCAGAUAGAGGAGGGAGAGGUUAUCACUUUAUCACUUAUCAGGGUCAAACAAGAGAAAGAGAAGUAACGCUGUUAAAUGUCUGUAAGUGGUAUUUUUAUCAGUUUGAAUGUAUAAAUGCAUUAUUUGGUGACUGUUUUUCUAUUUGUACAAUCAGCUAGUUUGUGUAUUUGUGAUCAGAUUCCAAUAAAUCUUUAAUAUUCUCA